AGUAGUGGCUCGCUGGUCGCUGCUGCAGCACAAACACGCACAUACGUUCGUACCGUUAAUUUUAGCUAGCUAGCUUGUUAGCGUUGCGCCAUAAAAAUCUGUCAUUGCAAUAUAUUCAGUGGCACUAAAAAUGAGCGACAAUGACAAAGGUUACGGCGAGCGGGAGUCUCUCUCUGCAUCCAGGAGUGUGAGUCCUCGGGGCUCUGGGAAGUCUGCAAGCCGCUCCCCAGCUCGGUCGCCUGCCCGUUCAAAAGAAGGCUCCCGCCACUCCCGCUCCAAAUCUCGGUCCCGGUCCAGGUCAAAAUCUGGGUCCCACUCUCACCGUGGCUCACGGAGACACUAUAGCCGAUCUCGAUCCCGCUCAAGGUCCUACCGCCGCCGAUCUCACAGUAGGUCCUACAGUGGAGAGCGCAGGCGCAGGAGUCAUAGCCGCUCGCCGAUGUCCAACCGCCGCAGGCACAUUGGCAACCGAGCUAAUCCAGACCCAAACGGUUGUGUGGGAGUGUUUGGCCUGAGCUUGUACACCACGGAGAGGGAUCUGAGGGAAGUCUUCUCUAAAUACGGCCCCCUGGCGGAUGUCUCUAUUGUGUAUGACCAGCAGUCGAGGCGUUCCAGGGGCUUUGCUUUUGUGUAUUUUGAGAACACCGGGGAUGCCAAGGAGGCAAAGGAACGAGCAAAUGGCAUGGAGCUGGAUGGUCGUAGGAUCAGGGUAGACUUCUCCAUCACCAAAAGACCUCACACCCCCACCCCUGGAAUCUACAUGGGCCGACCCACAUAUAGUGGUGGUGGUGGUGGUGGUAGUAGUAGUGGAGGUGGAGGAAGUGGUCCAAGUGGUCCUCGCCGCAACUCACGAGACUACGACCGUGGCUACGACCGUGGCUACGACCGUGGAUACGACAGAGGUGGCUAUGAACGCUAUGACGACAGGGAUCACUACAGGUCAUACAGAAGGCGAUCUCCGUCCCCAUACUACAGAGGGGCUUAUAGGUCCCGAUCCAGAUCGCGCUCUUAUUCUCCCCGACGCUAUUGAACACCUCCCACACACAGACAUGAAAUAUUUGAGUGGAAUGAUUGAUUUCAGGAUAGAUCUUCUUUUUCAAGGUGAUCAUCACACUUCUGUUUGGUAACGCACAUGACCAUUAUGUGUUUACUGAGAUCAGUAGUGUCAUUUGACAUGACUCCAACUGCCCCCUCAUGAUUUUAAUUUUAAAUGUAUAGGCCACGUCUGUCGUAAAAAAUAUGUUAAUGUUUUUAUUAAUGUAUUUUUUUUGUAUUCAAAUUGAGUGAAUGUUCCAUUUUUGAGCACAUUAAAAGGAAAAUGCUUUUUUUCUU